UCUGUGCCAGAGAGCUGUUUUCUUGCUUCCUCUGGCACUUCACUUCAAGGUCAGCCGAGUGCACCCACCUUCGAGCCAACAUGUUCAACUUCAACCUGAGGACCAGCAUGAGUGGCAGGGCUUACAGUCCAGGGGUGCUGAUUGCCAACUGGAACGAGGAUUUGUAUCUAGAAGAGGAUCUCCUGAAAGACUUUAUACAUAGACGAGAAAAGGGAGAACUUCUAAUCCAGAGAGCAAACAAACUGAAGGAAAACCUUUACAAAAAGGAGCAGCUUUCCAUCUCAAAAGAUGGAUUCCUUCACUUUGGAGACACGGUUAUGUUGGUGAAUCCUGACAACAACAAAUCUGCUACAGAGAAUCUACCUUCCAAAGGCGAAAAUCUCUCCCUGGCAGUAACUCCGGAAGAAAUGGCUGUACAUGUAAUGAAUACGCUGCCCUCUCCAUGUAGAGUGAGUGCAGUCAGAGUCUGUGACCCAAUGGGUCGGAACACAUUUCAGAUUUUAAGCACUGAGGGAGCAUCCAUGGGAGAACCCAUUCGAUAUGGGCAAAAUUUUGGCCUUGGAACAACGGGAGGAUUUCAUGAUCGAAUGCUCUUUCUAGCAAGUGACCACAAAACAUUUCAGAACAUGGCAAAGAAAUCCCUCCUUCAGCCUGCCUUCCUGACCGACGAACUUUCCUACCUGGCUUCUUGGCAAGCUACUUACCUGGAUCCGCAGCUGCGCCUCGAACACGAAGGUCUCCCGGUGCCUGCAAACACCAAGAUUCUCAUUACUCACUGCCAUACCAAUCAAGAAUUAGCAGUUCCAAGGAACUUCUCAAUAAGGACCUACUUUGGAAGGGAAUACGAAGUCGUUUGUCACACCUUCUUGGAUUCCCACAGAGCCGAAGAAGAUAAGAAUUACUGGAUUGUGGUUACUGGGAAUCCCAGCGAUAAGUCCACCACUAUGAUGGAUAGACCUCAGCCUCCAUCAGAGGCUACUCGAGAGAAAAACAGUGAAUUCCAAACAGAGGCUUAACUGUCCAUGCUUUGAUUUAAAACACACCCACGUUUUGUUAGUGCUUGGUUAAAAAUGAAAACCCGAAUGGUAGUCGGUACCAUAAGGGAACUUCAUGCUGUCUUUAUGCUAAGCAUGUUAAGGAAGAUAUUUCUAAGUAUGCACAGAAGAAUAUUUCUAAAAAAUAAGGAAAAUAAAACAUUGUUCCAUUCUGUUUUUUAAAGAAAAACAUUCGUGGA